UCAAGACGCAUAGCGCUUCCCAAUGAGCAGCACGAUGUUUAAUUAAUAGCCACUUUCUUAUUGACUGAACAAUCAGAGAGAUAAGAUAAACUUCGGAACCAAUUCCCCAAUCAGUCGGUGUGAGUAUUCCUUUCUAACAUGGCUUUCAAAUGCAAUUACUGGAGCUCUUAUCGGGUUCUAACAGUGGUGGAAAAUGUGCGUUGGUAUCAAGGCCUUGACCACUUUCGGAAUUCAACCGGAGGUCACAAGUUCGGUUAUUUACCAGAAAAUCAAAGUUCGCCGGUGAAUUGGAAAUGGAUAAACUGCUGAAGGGCAUUAUGAAGUACAGAUCUACAGUAAAGGAUACCAUGGUGCAACAGUUCGUCAAAGUUAAGGAUAAUCCAACGCCCAAAGCUGUAUUCUUCACUUGUAUAGACAGUAGAAUGCUGCCGACUAGAUUCACGCAAACUAAUGUUGGAGACAUGUUUAUAAUUAGAAAUGCCGGUAAUUUGGUGCCACACUCUCAACGAUUUCGUGAUGAACAAGACACUAAUGAGCCUGCCGCUCUUGAAUUGGGUUGCGUUAUGAACGACAUCAGGCACAUUAUCGUCUGCGGGCAUAGCGAUUGUAAAGCCAUUAAUCUGCUGUAUAAACUCAGAGAUCCAGAAUUUGCAUCCAAGGAAAACCGAAGGCUGUCGCCACUAAGGUCUUGGCUUUGCACUCAUGCUCAAUCCAGCAUUGACACAUUCAAUGAGCUGGAAAAGCACAACUACGAUAAGCCGUUGCUCUUCCAGGGUGAGACUCCGCUUAGGAAAUUCGCAGCAUACAUUGAUCCAGAAAAAAAGUUCAGUAUAGAAGACCGACUGUCGCAAAUCAAUACCCUGCAACAGUUGCAGAAUAUCGCCAGUUAUGGGUUUCUGAAGAAGCGACUGGAACGGAACCAAUUGCACAUUCAUGCCUUGUGGUUCGAUAUUUAUACCGGCGAGAUUUACUAUUUCAGCAGGGGUGCGAAGCGAUUUGUUAUUAUUGAUGAGAGCAAUUUCGAGAAACUAACCGAGGAAGUCGUUUUGUAUUAUUCUUAACAAGGGGUUUUUUGCCAAAAUGAGCCAAUGAUCUAGUCGGAAAGAUUCGAAACACACACACAAACACAUAUACCAGGACAGUCCCCAAUAAAUGCUUUUGUAUGUUUUAAAUAUAUCUCAAUUAAUAAAAGAACUCAAUCCACA